UUCUAUCAUCACUGCCGACCCUAAAAUCGCUACUGAUUAUGUGAUUGGGGCAGGAAUGUAUCAUGGUAGGGUAUUGGUGCUCAACAAUGAAUGUGCCAAAGAAAGUACCGGACAUGGUUCUCCAUUGCCUUUGUUGGUUCAUGGUGGUCCUGGUCGUGCAGGUGGUGGCGAAGAAAUGGGUGGUAUGCGUGGAGUCAAGCAUUAUAUGCAGCGCGUUGCCAUUCAAGGGUCUCCAUCAAUGAUUACGGCUAUCUCGCAACAAUACCAACAAGGUGCUCAAGGCAAUGUGGAUGGUAUUCAUCCUUUCCAAAAGAUGUUUGAAGACUUGAAAAUCGGCGAUCAGAUCCUAACCGAUAAGUGUGUCAUUACGAGCGAGGAUAUCGACAAAUUUGCCGACCUCAGCGGCGACCAUUUUUAUGCCCAUAUGAAGGAUACCAAUUUCGAAGGCACCAUGUUUACCCACCAAGUGGCGCAUGGCUAUUUUAUCAUGAGUGUGGCU